GCUCCAGAAACGGAAGCGCAACAAGCCGUAGCCUGCAAAGCUGGAAAUGCGUUUGAAGCGCAUAUAAUUAACAAGUGCUUACGUGUUUUGAUCAAAGGUCGCUUGUUUUCUGACAACAAGCCUGGCCAGGGUGUUCCGUGUGGAGAAAGACUGGAUUAGUUGCGUGUCUCCGACUGAGCAGAAUGAACUUCUUCCUGGAGACGCUCUAUACGCUCGUUCUCUGGCUGUAUUUCAGUCUGGAAGUCCUGGUGAAGCUCGUCCUGCCGGCACGGAAGAAGAAUGUGAGCGGGGAGAUUGUGCUGAUCACGGGCGCGGGCAGCGGCAUCGGGCGCCUUGUGGCCCUCGAGUUUGCCCGUCUGCAAACGGUGCUCGUCCUCUGGGACAUCAACGAGGAGGGCAACCAGGAAACGGCGCGGUUGGCCCGAGAGCGGGGAGCCUCCAGGGUCCAUACCUACUUGUGUGACUGCAGCAAGAGGACAUCCGUGUACGAAGUAGCUGCCAAGGUGAAGCGGGAAGUUGGAGAUGUUAGUAUUCUGAUAAACAAUGCAGGCAUUGUUACUGGAAAGAAAUUCCUUGAUUCAUCAGAUGAUUUAUUGGAAAAAACCAUGGCCGUGAAUGUACUUGCUCACUUUUGGACCUACAAAGCAUUCCUGCCUGCAAUGACUGCUAGUAACCACGGCCAUCUGGUUAGCAUUGCCAGUUUAGCAGGCUACUUUCCAGUAAAUGGAUUGGCAGAUUAUUGUUCAAGCAAGUUUGCAGCAAUUGGUUUUGCGGAGUCUGUUGCACUAGAAUUGUUAGUUUCAGGAAAAAAUGGAAUCAAAACGACCAUUGUUUGUCCAUACUUCAUAAACACUGGCAUGUUUGAUGGAUGUAAAGCUAAGUGGCCAAAUUUCAUUCCCAUUUUGGAUCAAAACUAUGUUGCCAAGAGGAUUGCAGAUGCUGUUUUACGGGAACAAGCAUACCUUGUGGUGCCACGGAGCCUGAUUUUCAUGCUUGCUAUUAAAAACCUUCUUCCAGUGAAAGUUGGAGCUCUUUUUGGACGGUACUUUGGCCUUUUUGAAAUCAUGGAUAAUUUUAAGGGACGCAUUAAGGAGGAUUGAUGUGAUUGCCAGCAGAAAGCUAAAAGCAACUGCUUUAUGUUUGGAAGGAAAUUGUGGAAUAAAAUAUCAUUGCAAUAUAUUGAUGUUAUUUUACCUUGCUAUUUUAAUGCAAUUCUACCAGUUUAAAAUAUUAAUGUUUACAGAUAAUUUCAAUUUUGUGGGAAAAUGAUCUUAUUACAGAAUAUUAGGCAAUGAAGUCUUUAUAACUCAAGACCUGAUAAGUCUCAAUAAAGUAACACAUUAAGAAAAUCUAACUUGGCUGCAUUUUUGUAGCUUUUUGUACUUUGAUAAGCUGAGGAAAUCGUUACAUUUUAACAAUGAUAACAGUUUAAAAUCAGCGGAAAACUGGAAUAUAAGCACAAAAUAAAAUGUUAAAUUAAUGAGAAA